CCAAAGGCACUUCCGCUUGCGCUGCAAGAGGGCUUUUGAGGCCUUCCAGGAUUUUGGGAGGUUCCUGCUUUGAGCCCGAACCCCGGGUGCAACCAUGGACCGGAGGAAAAAGCCGCUGGACGUUACAGCCUCCUCGUUGGUAGAUCUGAAGGCUGAACUUUUCCGAAAACAAGAAGAAUUUAAACAAGAAAAACUUCUGAAAGAUUCUGGAGUUUUGGGAAAACCAAAGACAACUAAUAAGAAGCCAAGUAUCUGGAGCAAACAGAAUGCAGGAGUUUCAAAUCGAGCAGAGAAAGAUGCUGAACAGAAGAUCGAGGAGCAGAAGACUUUAGACAAAGCAAGGGAAAAAUUGGAAGAAAAAGCCAAGUUAUAUGAAAAGAUGCUUAAAGGAGACUUUCCAGAUGAGGAGGUGGAGGACAUGUACCUCGUGGACUUCACACAGAAGAUCAUAGAUAAACGGAAAGAAGUGGAGGCACUUGGCGCCAGUAGAGAGUCUCGAAGCACAGGAGAAAGGGAUGACAGUGACGAAGAGCUUUCUGAACGAGACAUACCGCCUCCCCAAGACCCCAGCGAGGAAUGGGUGGACUAUGUGGACUCUCUGGGGCGAUCCCGGCGCUGCAUGAGAAAGGAUUUGCCCGAUCUGCUAGAGAUGGAUAAAAACCUUCAAGGGAGACUGUUUGUUAGUCCUGCAAAUGAAAAGUCCUUAUUGUCUGAAGACAUGAGGAAAGAACUUCAGCGCCAGCAGUGGGAAGAAGAAGAAAGGGAGGCUCUGAAGAGGCCAAUGGGGCCCAUCCACUAUGAAGACAUUCGGGAAAACGAGGCACGACAACUUGGUGUUGGAUAUUUUGCCUUUGCCCGAGAUAAAGAAUUGAGAAACAAACAAAUGAAAACUUUAGAGAUGCUGCGUGAACAGACAACAGAUCAGAGAAUAAAACGAGAAAACAUAAAGGAAAAGCGAAAGGCUAUGCUAGAAGCAAGACUUAGCAAACUGAGACAAAAAAAGAUGAAAAACUCAAAAGAAGAUGGGACGGAAGAGAAAAAUGGAGUAGAUGGAGAUAUUAUUGGUCCUUUGCCACUGGAACCAAAGGCUGUACCAGCUCCACCUCCUGCUGCACAGAGCAGCAAGGUGGAAGUCAUCAUCCAAGAGAGAAAGGAUACCAAGCCUGGAGUGCCACACGUCCGCGAGUGGGACCGAGGAAAAGAAUUUUCCUUUGGAUACUGGUCAAAGAAGCAGUCAGAUCUCCGAGCUGAGCGAGACCCUGAGUUUGCCCCACCAUCAGAUUACUUUGCAAGUCAAAAGAGGACUGGUUCUUUAAGUAGUCCAAUGUGGAGCAGACCUGGAUCAGUGCCAAAUGUCUCAAGACAGUGUUCUGGCAAGAGCCAAGAACCCAGCUCUGCACCUCUGCCAUCCACUGCUGCUGAGGAAGGCCCAUCACAAGCACCCACAGUCACUUUCGAAACUCUGGAUGAUAUGAUAUCUUACUAUAAACAAGUGACAUGACUUUGAAAAGUCUUUUAAUUUGAUUUGGGUUUGUGCAGUCAGUAGUGCCUUUUUCCCCCUCCCGGGGGGGCGGGGUGGAGCUGUACCUUUGUCCUGACCUUUCCCUGGAAUGCACAAGUUUCUGAUUCGAAUUGUUAGCAAGGAAGAGAGCUGUGGGAGCUGUUGAUUCCCUGGUGCUGGGUGUAGAGGGAAUAGACCUGCUGUUCUUCCCACAGGCCUAACUGUUACUCAUUGUCAUUUGCAGUGGUGUGAGCCGUGAACUAGAGGAGUAUUUAUUUACUCAGUGAAAUCUGAUGCUUGUAGCCCUGUUCACACAUUCCUGUGAUGUAGCUUUAAGGUUUCCAUUCUGUUUUGGAAAUGCGAGCAUGCACGUGUCUUUUCUCCAAGGAUUCAGCUUCCAGGUCAUGUGAGGGAGCAGGUUAGGAGGAGCUUCUGCCUGUGCAAGAGCAGAUGAGGGCAUCAUAUAAAAGACAAGAUGAUCCAGGACCCAAGAGGAAGCUGGUGAAAUACUAAUCUCUUGAAACAAUAAAACCAGCCUUCACAAUCCAGAAA